AUGUAUCUCCGAUACUACACAGACGAGCAGGGCAAGCGCGUGUACACUUUGAAGUCACAUGCGCCGGAUGGGACUCCGACCCUCUCUGCUCACCCCCCCCGCUUCUCGCCGGAUGACAAAUACAGCGCAGAGCGCGUCGCGUUGAAGCGCCGUUUCAAGUUGCUGCCGACGCAGCAGCCCGCCCCCGAGUUCUAA